AUGUCUCACAAGUGUUCCGUGUACAGAAAUUCCUGCAUUCGCCCGCCCGUGAAUCCGGCCAGUCGAAGACCAACGCCACACUAUGAGCGAUCGUCCAGUGCAGAGACGGCCACUGAGGACAGGAAGAUUGAGGAGCUCCAUGGCGGUGGCAGGAGUGAAAAGGCUGCGCUGUGUGAGGAGAUUAUCAAGGAAAACAGUGCCUUUCAGUCCCUCAUGGAUUUCUACACAAACAUUCCAGACUACGGAGACUUGAAUCACUUACCCGAAGCGGAAUUCUAUCGACAAAUCGAGAGGCUGAAACUUCGUCAGGAUGAACUGAAGAAGAGCUGUGGCGUAGAUUCUCUGGUGGAAGAAAAAUGUCAAAAGCCCAGCGAUCCUCCAGAGGCAGUUUAUGAGCAGAACCCAAGGGACUGCGACAGUGACUCCUUCUACUCCUCCAUCCAGCGUCCUUCUAGUCAAAACCGCAGCAAAAAGUCCGGGAAAUCCGUGAGAAUCAACAGCGGCUUGAGCACUUUGCGAUCUGACACAACUCACGGAAAUCUCUCUGAGGAGGAGAAGAGUGGCAGAAGAUCCAAAAUGAGGAGCAAAUCUGCGAGUCCCUUUCGCAACCAAGUCACUGUGCCGCGACCUUUUAGGAUGACCCAGCGCGAGGAGGAAGAGAGAAUGCUGGAAGACCUUAUGAUGUCCACAAAGUGCUUCACUCCGCGUGAAGAGAAGAAAUCCGAUCCCAAAACCUUCAAGGCCAAUCCAGUUCCUCUAACAUCACGCAUUCCACUGUACAACUCCAUCAGAGCCGAUCAGGAGCACAAGAGCCAGCUGGCCAAAUUGAACUCCUCCAUAGAACUGCAAUCGCAAAUGAAGCCCUUCCAUUUCACCGACAAGGAGGAACGCCCAAGGAGUCGAUGCCUCAGCAGGAGUGUUUCUUCGACGAAUCUAACCACUCCCGACACAUCCAAGUCGUCCAAGAACUUCCGCGCCAAGCCCUGUCCCAAGAAUCUCUUCAGCAACUACUUCUAUAACAAAAUGUGGGAGGAUGAGUACUUCCGGAAUCUCAACAAGAAAAUCAGGGCUGAGGAGCUGCUCAAGAUUGCCUCUUUGCCGCCUUCGAUGGCGCGCAGGGAGUCAAAAACGCGGGGGGAUAAUCAGAGAAACGGACACACGCGGAGAAGCAGGAGACGGACAAAGAAGAGAGCAGCGAAUAGGGAGAAAAGCCAGCCCAUCUGUGAUCAAGGAAAGGAACCCAAAGGGAAUCCCGGGAAAUGCGCUGUAUCGCAUUCUGGCCAUAGUUCAAAUAGCUCAUCAUCAUUCAGCUCCCCGAUGCCAAUCUAUCCUAUCAAUCGCCCCAAUCUGGCGGCCACCCUUCGAUUCCAGCACUCGCGACAGAAAUUGCGAGAGCUCAACAAGCCCGAGAGUCCACCGGAACACUUAUCGAGGCAGCGCCACAUGGACUGGGGUAUUCGAAGGAAUCCCGCGUGGAAAGCCAUUUACUACGAUGGCACAAAUCUGGAAGAUAUCGCAGUGCGCGUCGCAACGAGAAGGGCUGAACAGAAGCUCUUGGUGGAGGAUCACAAGAUCAACAUGGAGCUGAUGAAGCAGCGUGUCCGAGCGGCUCCGCUGCUUCUCGAAGGCUCUACGUAUUGGGGCCCAAAGGUCGGUCAGCUCAGUCACACCUGCGCCAUAAAAGAGGAUCCAGCGCCGCGACGGCGCCGACCAAACUCCACUGGACCCCAAUCGCGCAACACUAGCAAAAUGAGCUACUACUCAGACAUGCGGAAGCCUUCGCGAAAGUGUCCCCACGAGGACUUGCUGUAGAGCCUUCGGAAGG